AUGUGCAAAGACCAAUGCAAGUGCAUCAACCAACGCAACAAGAACAAAGAUUUGCAGAACGACCCUGCCUACAACAACAACAACAGACAUAACAACAAACACAACAACAAACAAAACAUCCCAUCCACUGAGUACACACUCGAAACUUACACCCCUUCAUGUGAGAGUGGCGUGAAUGCGGUGCUAGACGGUUGCGGUUGCUGCCUGGUGUGUCCGAGGCAACAUGGGGAUCAAUGCGACCCCAUCCAUCCAUGUGACGCCGCCAAGAAGCUCAUUUGCGUCUCGGAUAAUCAGCAUGUCAGCAAUUACAAUGGCAUCAGCGGGAGUGGCAGCGGUGGUGAUGUUGGAGGCGUUUCGGCAGCUAAAAUGUUGGGUGUUUGUAGAGGUUUGUUGUUGUUGCUGAUACUGUGCUUUUAUUGUUGA